UUCGUUCUGUGUGUUCUUGCGAAAAGUCUCUCAGUAACACCACCACAAGCUUUUAAGGAUCAAAUAGGAUGAACUUUUAAUCUUCUUACAGUUCUAAUCAUCAGUGCAGGAUUUUCAUUUGAACUCAUAGUGUUUGAGGGUUUUUUUCUUUUUCGAAUUAAUUUGAAUUUCAUUAUUAUCUCAGACCACACUUCUACUUCCUUCCUCUGUCUGAGGCUACUCAAAAGAUUUUCCAACUACACAGAUUGUCUUGCACGUCUUCUGCUUUUACUGAACCAACCAGACAUAUCUAGAUAUUGAAAUUUGUAACCUGUUUUGAGUGAUUAAAAUAGGAAGAACCGAAAGAAAUAGCCUACGUCCUGCUGUUUGAGGAAACUGCUCAGAGGUGUUACAUGUGCAAUAAGUGCAAAUAACAAAGCAGCUAAUUUUGCAAGACACUCCCACCUUUUUUUUUUUCUCUCACAUGCCCUCGGUUGAGUUUACAGACAAAAGUGCAUCUAUUUGUAGAUGAAGAGACCGAGACACCAGCUCUUUGCUCUACUUCCUCUAGCACUCUCUAUCCACUCCAGCUUCUGCUUUAUCGGAACCAUGAAUUUAACUGCAAAAGAAAACUUCAAUAGUACCAUGAGCUCUGCCCACCGAUUCACCCUGAUCUUCAUCUACAGCACGGUGCUCACAGUAGGAAGCAUCGGCGUGACUCUAAUGAUCGGUGUGCUAAAAUCGAACCUGCGCUCGUGGACCACCGUCACCUUUUUCAACUUGAUCUUGGUCCACGUCUUCUUCUUGCUCACCAUCCCUUUCCGCAUCUACUACUAUGUGGCUCAAUCCUGGGAUCUGCAUAUGUUUUUCUGUAAAGUGGUCAGCAGCAUGAUCCACAUUCACAUGCACGUGGUCUUCGUCAUCUACGUCAUCAUCCUCACCGUUAACUUUGCGUAUUACUUUAAAAAAGUAGAGCAGAUCGAGUUCUAUCGGAGUCUCCAUGCUGUGGCGUUCAGCGUCGCCAUAUGGUCCGUGGUACUAAUCAUCGGCCCUGUGACCUUGUAUCAUUACGGGGCGCACGUCAACGAAACCGACCACAAAUGCUUCAACUUUGGGGAAGAGCUCAAAAAAGAAUCGGUGUUGGCAUGCAACAUUUUUUUGUCGGUUUGUACAAUAAUUGUGUCGUGCAUCAUUAGCUGUGUGCUUGCAUCCGUUCUGUACAUCAUGAUCAAAAAGCACGGUGCGGCCGCAUGGGCUCACCAGGAGUUCUGGGCUCAGAUGAAGAACGUCAGCCUCGUGCUGAUCAUCCUCUUCUGCCUGGCACCAUAUCACCUGUAUCGGCUGUACUACCUGACCAAACAUUCAGACCUACAGCAAGAUAACGAGGUGUUCCUGGCCUUCACGGCGAUUACCUGCUUCGACAUGAUGUUUGUUUUUGCCGGGAAGGGAAUAUGCCAUAGGUGUGGAGGUUAACUGCAGAAAACGCUGCUCUCUGGAAUCCACUUUCAGUGUCAGAGUUCAACGUUCGAGCUUCACUUCUCAUAACUAACCGAGCAUCGUCGAUAAAAAGUGGUUACGACUGUUACAUCUUACCUGACGAAUGCUUUAUGGACAGAUAAAAACAGUAUACUCAAAAACUCUGUCAAUUCCCUUUACCUCAGGUAUUUUAGAAAGAUUAAAAGGCAUCUAGCUUGCAGCUUAAUAAUUACCUGCUAGUUUUCUUGGAACAACCCUGUAAAGGUGUGAUGCGAUAUUUUAUAUUUAAUUCCUUAUUAGCACAAGUAUUAAUAUGAAGAACACGAUAACUACAUAUGUAUUAUUCGGGCUGAGGAAACACAUUUGUGUUGGCAUGCGUUUCUGUAUUUACGUCAAACUCCUGUUAGUCUGUUAGUCUUACAGACAAACAAAAUUGUGCUCAUUUGAUUCUCAUUGGGCUGGACGAUGAUAAUAAAUUGAACUUGAUAAAAGAGUUAUAAAAAAAAUGAAUCAGAAGAUCCUGCCUUCUUUAUUUAAAAAAUAUAAAUAUUAUCGUAUGUUCUAAUGGAAACUGACUAAUGGUUUCCAUCAAACAUCAGAAUCUUAUCGAUCCUUAUGGAUUUUUUCUCUCUAUAAUUACAGAUCCAGGAUAUAUUCACUGUGCACUACGCCACAUUGUUCUAGAUUAAAUUAAUGGAAUAAUUACGGUACCACAAGGCCAUUAGUCUCCUGUAGGACCUCUGAAUCUCAACACAAACUGUUCAACACCCAAUGUAUAUAUGAGAAAUAGUUAAGUGUUUUUUUUAAUAUCAUAGUGUUUGUAUUAGAUACAUUUGUUUAGUGAAAAAAAUAAAUCUAAUGGAGUUUA